AUGGGUCAAACACCGUUACCUCUGUGGAUUAAAGACGCUGCCGUAGUGAAGGACUACCAAAAACCACAUGUCACCCGGUCCAUCAAGAUUCAGUGCCCUUUCCGUCUGACCGCCAAGCUUGAUGAGACUACUAACACCUGGGUUCUUCACCAUGUUCGAGUUGGUCACAAUCAUGGACCGGCGGACACAAUAGCUAACCAAAAAUCUGUAACACACCCUACUAUAGUUCAUCCGCCGGAAACCCACGAUCAUGGACCAGCGGACACAGAGGAAAACCAAAAUUCUGUAACACUCCCUACCAUAGUUUAUCCACCGGAGAUCCACAGUUGCGCAACCCGCAUUCAACAACUAUCACCAAGAAGGCAGAUUAUUGUAUUGGAGGAGGUCAACAAAAUUAUAGAUCAGCACAGUGCCAUGCACUCGAUUACAAGUCCUCUCAUGGUCAAGGAUGCUUCUCUUGAUGAAGAAGAACUCGACCUAGCGCUCAAAUUUUUGAAUGCUUUGGAUGAAAGCGGUAGCAAGGGUGUAAUUGAGUGUAACAAUCCUACCUCUCCAGAUAAUGGACUCCUGGUCAAUGAUCAAGCUCAACUGGACAAAGAAAACCGGGCUCAACGUGAAGCAGAUGAGGAAAAAACCAACAAAAACACCUUGGUCCAAGCAAAGAUGGAUGCAAAUGAAAAAGCUGGUGAGCUCUCAGUGGAUCAAGCAGAAAGAAAUAUGGAGAAAGUCGAAAACAGAAUCGAGCCUUCCAAGGUGGUCUUUCUAGCUAUAUAUAUACAUAAAUGA